GGACUGGAAGCAGACAGAGCCGGGGUCAGGUAGUGCAGUGCAGCCCCCCUCGUUACAGCAUCCUCAUUGCAGGAACAGCGAGCUGGGAAAACUACAGUUCCCAUCACCCUUUUGUGCACCCCCCUGCGAAACUACAUUUCCCAGAACUUUUUAAUGAGCCAGAGAGGAUGUCUAUGGAAAUAAAUGCCGACGAUUUUUGCAUAACACUCUGCACCUCCGGAGUGCUGGCCUGCCUUUGGCUUGUGAAAACGGGAACAGGGGAAAAGCCAGGAAGUGUCAGCGUUGUGGAGUUGUGGUUUUGCUCACCCCUAAUAGCCGCAGUGAUAUCCUCCACCACUGCGCAUCUUUCCUCCUCUCAGGAUUCCCUUGGUGGUCAGAGGGAAGAUUCUGUCCCCCAAGAAACACGGCUGCUGCGGAGGGAGAGGCAGAUAAACUACAGAUCCCAGCAUUCUCCGAUAGGCAGCACCUGCGGCAGUCCCUGCACGCCGUGGGGGAGGUGGGGGUGAGGAUGAGGAUGGAGGGCAGGGAGGAGAUGCAGGGCGCCGUGGGGCUACGCUGCACCUGGGACAUCCCGCCACCCUCUGGCACCCAGGCCAAGUGGGUGAGGCUUAAUGUGGGGGGCACCGUCUUCCUCACCACCAGGCAGACUCUUUGUCGGGAGCAGAAAUCUUUCCUCUGUCGCUUGUGCCAGGGCGAGGAGCUGCAAUCGGACCGGGAUGAGACUGGUGCAUACCUAAUAGACCGGGACCCCACUUACUUUGGACCCAUCCUGAAUUUCCUCCGUCAUGGGAAGCUGGUCCUGGAUAAAGAUAUGGCUGAAGAGGGGAUCUUAGAAGAAGCUGAGUUCUAUAACAUUGGUCCUUUGAUCCGAAUAAUCAAGGAUCGAAUGGAGGAGAAGGACUACACAGUCACUCAGGUGCCUCCUAAGCAUGUCUACCGUGUGCUACAGUGCCAGGAAGAGGAGCUCACUCAGAUGGUUUCCACUAUGUCAGAUGGAUGGCGCUUUGAACAGCUUGUGAACAUUGGCUCAUCCUAUAAUUAUGGGAAUGAGGAUCAGACAGAGUUCUUGUGUGUGGUCUCCAAAGAGUUGUACAACUCCCCCAGUGGCCUAAGCUCUGAGCCCAGCCACAAAGCCAAGACUGUCCAUCUAUUCGGGAUUGCGCUAAACUCUCCUCCUGCGGACCCUCCCUUCUGCUCCCCUCCGUGUCCAUCCCAGCACUGUCAUCUACCUCCCACAUUGCCCCACUCGCCAGCCUCCAGCCUCCAGCAUCCUUCCCUCUGCUCUCUUUGUCUCCCAGGGCUCAGAGUGGUCUCUGCCCAGGGUCCUGUCUCUCUCUGCUCCUCACUUUUCCUCCUCUGCAGGUAUGUUACCUGUCUGCACUCCCAGCUCCUGCCAGCCUGAGCUCUGCAUGAGUGACUCACUUCCCUCUUGUGGCUGUUACAAGCCAUAGAUCUGAGGAUGUGAUCUCAACACUCCAGCCUUUUCAUUUCUUGUUUGUAUCUUUAUUUUUGUACUACAGUGUAUGGCAGCCCCUUGCCCCACAGUGACGCCCUCCAGCCCCCUUCACUCUUCACAUGCAGUCAUGCUUUUUUUACAAACUCACCUCAGAGGCCUGAGCCUCCAGCCCUGGAGGAGGGCAGAUGCUCCAUGGAGCCUCUGGGCUGCUGUAGGAGCUGAAGCCCACGGCCCCCUCCUAUGCCUGGCAGUCUGGCUUUCCUUAAUGUCACAGUGGCCCCUGGUGGGGACAUCAGCAAUCAGCCACUGCAGCUUGAGGUCCCUUCCUGAACACCCUGGAUGCAAAUGGGGACCCAAGGUGGUGGCAACUGUGGAAGGACCAGUCCUUGCCCUUUUGCUGUUGCAGGCAGUUGGUCUGGGCUUAUAGCCAGAGGGUAAAGGCAGAGCCACAGUCCUUUUCUGGGCUACCUGCAUUGCUCCUUGGUGCCUCCCUCCCUGUCCCCCAGAGCAGCCCUGUGUCAGCAGGGUGAGGAGGAGACAGAUGUGCUGCCCUAGUACCUGAUGUUGUGUCAGCCAGCACCAGGAGAUCCCUGUUUUGGGGAGCGGGGUGUUUGCUUCACUGCUGUGUCUGAAGACUCCUGAAUAAAAUUCACAGUCUGUUCCUC